CCAGUCCAACAUGGCGCCGUAGGGACGUUGUUAUUGUUCCGUCGUUCCCACAAGCUUUUGCAGUGAGACAGAAAAUUACGCGGAAACGAAGGCCGAGUGUGUUCGUGCGGGCAUGAGACCGACAUCUGGGGAUAAUGUUAAGAUCCACCGGCUUCUUCCGAGGGAUUGACUGUCCGUUUUACGCGGAGUACAGCGAGGGCAAAGGCGGCAGGAAUGGGUGUAACAGACCGUACUGUCACUUCAGGCACAGCCAGCAGAGACGGGCGUCCUACGGAGCACCGGCAGACGUUAAAAAGCAAAGAGAGCUUCUCCCCGCACAGAAAGAACAAGGUUACGAUCCCUUCAACCCAGAAGUAGUGAGACCCCAGGAGCAGCAGAAUGGAAAGUCGGCUGACUCCGGAGACCUCAGCGGUGCUUUGGAGCUGGUCAACAAGGCCAUCGAGGAGGUCCGCAGCGAGGUGGAGAGGGAGAAAAGGAAGCUGUCUCGAAUCGGGGAUGAACCGUACAGUCCCAGUGGGAGUACCAGUUUACCUUCAACUGAUACUGGUAAAACUAAAGCGGCGAGUUCACACAUGGCCUAUGAUCCUGGCAGUUAUCAGAUCACAUCAGGAGGGUACAAUCCCACCCCUGGCUGCAGCAAGUACACCUUGGAUUCAGACAAUCAAGGGCACAAUAGCAACUCCAUGGAAUACGUUCCCACUUCAUUGAAAAAACCUUCAUCUCGGACACACUCGCACCAACCCCCAUCUCCUCCCCCAAGCCCAAAGUAUUCAAACAGCACCUCCUCGAAGUGCAAAUACACUGUGGACAAUUCUAAACCAUCUACGGACAUGGAGUACGAUCCGCUGUCCAACUACACAGCUGGAAUCGCAGCAAAAAGCAAGAGGGAGGAGGCUGCCCAAGCUGUUAGGACAGAGGGCAGCAAGGCACACAAACUGUUGGGGUCUGAUUUGUCAGAUGAGGAGUAUGUUGUAGCUGUGAAAAAGCCACGACAGCCGAGUGUAGACAUCAAAAAGUACACUUUCUCUGACUCUGAGGAGGAGAGCUCUGGAACAGAGUAUCGACCCAUGUCGCUCAGUGUUCUCCAGCAGAGGAAAGGCUUCAAUGGGUCAGCUGCAGAUGCUUUUGGGAAGGAAAGAAAAGAAAGGACGGAAGGUAUGCCAAGUGCACUGACACAGAGGAAUAAGGACGAGCUGACACACGACUCAGAUGCCCAUGAAAACAGUAAACGAAAGGACAACCUAGAAAAAAAGAAGGUGGUUAGUAGAACUAGUCACGAGAAAAGUGGAAAACACGAUAAAGUCUCUAAACUUGAAAAGGACAUGAACAAAUCAUCUGGUAGUAAGAGUAGUGGCAGCAGCAGUAAAGACAAAGGUUCAAUGAAGAGCUCGAACCAGGACUCUGCAAAGAAGGAGAACAAGAGUCAUGGAAAGAAAGAUGAUAGAAAAAACAUGGAUAAGGUUAAGACAACACAUAAAGUUCAGAGGGAAGGCAGGGACGAAAAGAGAAACGACGGUAAAAUCAAGGCAGUUGAAAAAGUAAAAACAGACUCAAGCAAGCAAGAUAAAGAUACAGAAAAUAGUGCAAGGGAAAGCAAAAGACCCAAAACAUCAGACAGAGAAAAAGAGCACAGCAAGUCUAAGGAGCGCCAACACAAAAAUGGUAAACUAGAUAGUAGUAAAAGAGAAAAAGACAUGAAGAAAGUUAGUAAAAGCAGUUCUAGUAGCAGUAAAGGCAGUUCAGCACACAGUAAAGAUAAAGCGAAGCAAAACAUCAGCUCAUCAAACGGGAAGAGACUCGAGGACAAACGGCAGAGUCUGAGUCUGAGCCACGCUGAUCUGUUCGGAGAUGAGAGUCCGGAUGAGGCUGAGCCGAUGGAGGUGGAUUAUGACGACGAGGUGGAGGAAGUUCUGGUGAGGAAAUCAGCUGACGCUUUAAAGAGGGGACGUCUGAACAAGAGGAAAGCGUCAGAGUUGACUCCGUCUUCCUCUGAGGAUGAGAAUGACCGUGACGUGGAGUGCAGCCGGACGGGUAGGGACGAGGUUGACGGUGUCAGAAUCGACUUCUCCGGUUUCCAGGACGAUCUGGACUUUGACUCGGAUCCCAUGGAGGAAUGUUUGAGGAUCUUCAAUGAAUCCAAAGAUGUGAAGAGGGAAGACAAGGGAAGGCAAGCGAAGCAGCCGUCUAGGGAUUCAGAGGAGGAGAAAUGCACAGAGAGCACUUUAACAACUCUCUUCCCCGGUCAGAAGAAGAGAGUCUCCCAUUUUGUUGCCAAAGGAAGUACUGAUGCACCUUCUAAGAAUGUGGUGCGGCCGUAUAAGAGACCCACAGCCCAGGAGGUCUGCUACCAGCGCAUGCAGAUGGCGCAGCAGCAAGCCGCUCAGCUUUCUGCUUCAGUCAAAGCUGCCUCUCAGAGCUCCAGCCCCGGCUACUCUGGAGAGAAGAAGAGAAUAGCGCACCGUCCUAACCCACAGAUGGCCUCCUCCAAAACAAGUCCUACAGAUGCUAAACCAGCUGCCAGUCGAGUGUUAUCCCCCAGCCAGACUCAUGGGGGUGUCAAGGCUCAAACCACGGCUGGUAUUUUGUCCAAGACCUCAUCUACGUUCAUGCAGAAGAGGGUGGCACACACACCCACCAUGAAGAGUACUUCAAUGAAGCGUCCUGUCAUCCCCACUGAGUUUGGGGCCAAAGUUCCCACCAACGUGCGCCAGCGCUACCUCAACACCUUCAUAGAUGAAUGUGUCAAAUUUUGCCCGUCGGAGGACGCCGCCUUCCAGAUGGCCCUUGAUGAGGAGAAGCUGGUGUAUGAGCGCAGCAACAGCAAGAACAUCUACCUCAACGUAGCUGUCAACACGCUGAAGAAGCUCCGGAGCAAGAGCAGCUCCUGCCCGUCGCCCGUCGCCAAACACCCGGGACUAGUAGCUAAAAGAAGAGCACAGUCCCAUGAGGAGGUUCUGGGAGGUCGUCUUGCUGCAACUACGAGCUUCACUGUCAACAGGAUGGGCAAACAGCAGGAGGAGAAGCUCACUGGAGCCUCGCUGUACAGGAAGCUGAAGACGUACCUGAUGACAGAGGAGCAGCUGCAGGAGCACGGAUACCCGAGGGUAAACCCCGACACCGCCGGCAAGGCCAUCAUCUACAACCUCCCGGAGAAGAAGAACGUCCUAGAUCCUUUCGCCAAAGUAUGCUGUCGAUGUGGCACAGAGUACAAGAUCAACGUCAACGGCAACUGUGUACGGAAAGAGGAAUGCAGCUUCCACUGGGGACGCUUACGAAGACAUAAAGUUGCUGGAGGAUGGGAGACCAACUACAGCUGUUGUGCAGCAGCUGUAGGUGCUCCAGGCUGCCAGACGGCCAAGCAACAUGUUCAGGACGGACGUAAAGAGUCGCUGGACGGCUACGUGUCAACGUUCAGCAAACAUCUCCCACCAGACGGAAAUGCAGGGGUGUUUGCUUUGGACUGUGAGAUGUGUUACACAAAGCAGGGCCUGGAGCUGACCAGGGUGACGGUCAUCGACUCGGAGAUGAAAGUGAUCUACGACACGUUUGUCAAACCUGAAAGCAAAGUGGUCGACUACAACACAAGGUUUUCCGGUGUGACGGAGGAGGACUUGGAGAGCGCCACCAUCACCCUGAGAGACGUCCAGGCCGUGCUGCUCAGCAUGUUCAGCGCUGAGUCCAUCCUCAUCGGACACAGUCUGGAGAGCGACCUCCUCGCUCUGAAGCUCAUCCACAGUUCGGUUGUCGACACGGCCAUCGUGUUUCCUCACCGCCUUGGUUUGCCCUACAAACGUGCCUUGAAGAACCUGAUGGCCGAUCACCUGAAACGCAUCAUCCAGGACAACGUGGAAGGCCACGACUCGAGCGAAGACGCUGCCGCCUGCAUGGAGCUGAUGAUCUGGAAGAUCAAGGAGGACGCCAAGGUCAAAAGAUGACCUCUGACCCCUCAGAUCUACUUUCCUCAGCAUGAAUUCCUGCCUCGCAGGAAGAGAAGGACGUUCAGGAGGCCUGCACCUGCUCUCAGAGAGCGUCCGUCAGCGUCUCAGCGGGGAGGGAUAAAGCCUGAGAGGAGCUCGUGUUGUUACUGUAUGUGAGAGCUGUCAGCCCCCCUUCAAGCAAUAGGAGCCUAAAUUAACUCUGUUUUCAUUUGCUUAUUGAUACUUCAGUUCUAAAAAAAACGUUAGUUAAAAAGUGUUUCUAUUUAUUUAAGCAGCAUCUUUUUAAGGCCUGAAACUUAUUCAUAAAUUAAACCUUUCUAUAGAAGAAGUUAAAAAGCUGAAUGUUGAUGACUAAUAGGAUAUUCACGCCGGGUGUAUCUUCAGCCUAAAUUGCACUAUAGAAACGCUCUUGUUGUAUAGGGCCCAAGUCUGAGUACCUCAUGUGUGUUAUAAUGCAACUCUUGUUAUUAGUUACACUUAAGUGCAUUCGUGUCUUAGUCUGUCAAACACGGCUCUGUAAAUGCACUCACGUCUGUCACCUCGUUUUCCUCGCCGACGCUCUGUUUAUACGGCAGUUCUUAUCGAGUUGAUUUUGUUGGUUGGCUCUCACACAAACCUGACGAAUCCUAUAAUACUUGAUCAUAUUAAAGACCCUCAGCAGAAGCGUAAAGUCACUGCUACUACCUAUUUGGUAUAGUUGAUGGAAUAUAUGGGUGUAUGUUAUAGUUCAGACUAUAUCCACCACCGUCUCCGUCACGUGCACUGCAUGAAGUAAACCUAGAGGAGUCUUUGUGAUAGCAGCUCUGACAUGUUAUUCCUCUAAAUUAGACUAAAUUAGGUUCAGUGUUGUCGAAUUAGCCCUGGGUAAUUAAUUACAAACAGCUACCAUUUAGUGCGCUAACCUGUGCUGUUUUGUGUUGACAAUGACUGAAAAAUGCCGGAGUGCUGUAAAUACGCUCGAAGCAGUUUCCUUUUGUAUUUGUUCAUAUUUUGGUUGUUUAUCUUUUUCUAUUAAAACGUAUUAGUUAAAAGAAAA